UCUGCGGAGCUGCUGUUGUCUAGCUCUCGGCCGGCUGAGUCACGGCCCUUCCAGGCCCGGCCUAGCGAGGACGCGUGCCCGCCGCCCCGAAGCAGCUGCUACCCGGGCCUUGGGACCUCUGCACUUGACUUUUUUCAGCGGAACAAAGCCGUUUGCCGUUGCCGUAGCGACUGGCAGCCUAGCUAAUACCGCCUUCACUUUCUAUCCCCCUCCUUUCCUAGCUCAUUCUUUGCUUAUUUUAGGGUCUGUCCGAUGACCCUAUAGGUCGGGCUUGGAGGGCGCCGGCUCUCUGGCAACAGACUGCCCUCCUCUGGGCGCUGGGCGGCCGGCUGCCUCCGAGGCUGGGGCGUCCUCCGCAGUCUCCAUGGUAACGGCCCAGACGGCGUCUCCGCCUCGGGGGAAAGAUGAGGCCUGCCUGGCCCGCCGCCUCGCCCCCGGCCUCAUGGCCGGGCCGGGGCCACUGAGGAGGAAGGUCCCGGCCACCGGACUGCGGGGCAGCGUGCACCAGUGAAAUCCCAUUCUCUGGCUGGAGACACAGAUGGCCUCAAAUGAGAGAGAUGCUAUAUCGUGGUACCAAAAGAAGAUUGGAGCAUAUGAUCAGCAGAUAUGGGAAAAGUCAAUCGAACAGACUCAGAUUAAGGGCUUCAAAAACAAACCAAAAAAGAUGGGUCACAUAAAGGCAGACUUGAUUGAUGUUGACUUAAUCAGAGGCUCAACAUUUGCCAAAGCCAAACCUGAAAUUCCGUGGACAUCUCUGACUCGGAAGGGGCUUGUUCGAGUUGUAUUUUUUCCCUUUUUCAGCAAUUGGUGGAUUCAGGUUACCUCUUUAAGAAUCUUUGUUUGGCUGCUACUGCUUUACCUCAUGCAAGUUAUAGCACUCGUGUUCUAUUUUAUGAUGCCUAUUGUGAAUGUAAGUGAAGUACUUGGACCCUUGUGCCUUAUGUUACUCAUGGGAACUGUCCACUGUCAAAUUGUGUCUACUCAGAUAACAAGGCCAUCGGGAAACAAUGGAAAUCGGAGAAGAAGAAAAUUACGAAAAACUGUAAAUGGUGAUGGGAGCCGAGAAAAUGGAAAUAACUCCUCUGAUAAAGCCAGAGGAACAGAAACUUUGGAAUCUGCACCCUUUAAUGGUGGUUUUUGGGGGACUCUCUUUGGCAGCAGGAUGAAAAGAGUAAAAUUAAUAUGUAGCAAAGGGACAGAGACUGACAAUGACUCAGGUUGUCUGCAUCCUAUCAUCAAGAAGAGACAGUGUCGACCAGAGAUUAGAAUGUGGCAAACAAGAGAGAAAGCAAAAUUUUCAGACGGAGAAAAGGGAUGCAGGGAGCCGUUUGGGCGUUUGGGCAAUGGGAUUUCAGAUGAUCUGUCAAGUGAGGAUGAUGGUGAAGCCCGGACACAGAUGAUGACACUGCGGAGGAGCGUGGAAGGGGCCUCAAGUGACAACGGCUGUGAAGUUAAGAAUAGGAAAUCAGUACUUUCAAGGCACCUAAACACUCAGGUAAAGAAGACCACUUCCAAGUGGUGUCCCGUUGUGCGGGAUUCAGAUAGUCUGGCUGAAUCAGAGUUUGAAUCGGCAGCCUUCAGUCAGGGCUGUAGAUCUGGCAUGAGUGGUGGCUCUCGAAGCCUCAACAUGUUGAGAAGAGACUCGGAGAGCACCCGUCAUGACUCGGAGACAGAGGAUAUGUUAUGGGAUGACCUGCUGCAUGGCCCUGAGUGCCGGUCGUCUGUCACCAGCGACAGUGAGGGGGCCCACGUGAACUCCCUUCACUCAGGGACCAAACGUGACCCCAAAGAAGAUGUUUUUCAGCAGAACCAUUUAUUCUGGCUUCAGAACUCAAGUCCUGCCUCUGACCGAGUUAGUGCAAUAAUCUGGGAAGGGAAUGAGUGCAAAAAGAUGGAUAUGUCUGUGUUGGAAAUAAGCGGUAUCAUCAUGAGCAGGGUUAAUGCGUAUCAGCAAGGAGUAGGUUAUCAGAUGCUGGGAAAUGUCGUCACCAUCGGAUUAGCAUUUUUCCCUUUUUUACAUCGACUGUUCCGAGAGAAGAGCCUUGACCAGCUAAAGUCCAUCUCAGCUGAGGAGAUCUUGACUCUCUUUUGUGGGGCACCACCUGUUGCACCUAUUAUUUUCUUGUCUAUAAUUAAUUUUUUUGAACGACUGUGUCUUACUUGGAUGUUUUUUUUCAUGAUGUGUGUGGCGGAGAGAACAUACAAACAGAGAUUUUUAUUUGCAAAACUCUUCAGCCAUAUUACUUCUGCCAGGAAAGCUAGGAAAUAUGAAAUACCUCAUUUCAGACUUAAAAAGGUGGAGAACAUUAAGAUAUGGUUAUCACUGCGUUCCUUUCUAAAGAGACGGGGCCCGCAGCGAUCAGUGGAUGUGGUUGUGUCUUCUGUCUUCCUACUGACACUUUCCAUUGCUUUCAUUUGUUGUGCCCAGGUUCUCCGGGGACAUAAAACUUUCCUAAAUGAUGCUUAUAAUUGGGAGUUUUUGAUCUGGGAAUCAGCUUUACUACUUUUCUUACUGCGCUUAGCCUCACUGGGGUCUGAAACCAAUAAGAAAUACAGCAAUGUCUCAAUAUUACUUACUGAACAGAUUAAUUUAUAUCUUAAAAUGGAAAAAAAGCCGAAUAAGAAAGAACAGCUUACUCUAGUAAACAAUGUUUUAAAGCUAUCCACCAAGUUGUUGAAAGAGCUGGACACACCAUUUAGACUCUAUGGACUGACAAUGAAUCCCUUGAUCUACAAUAUCACACGAGUAGUUAUCCUUUCUGCUGUCUCAGGUGUUAUAAGUGAUCUUCUAGGAUUUAAUAUAAGACUGUGGAAAAUUAAGUCAUAAGCUGAGUCAUGUGCCCGGACUUUCUCCCCUUGCUGGCAUCAGUGCUUAACCCAUUAAGGAGAGAGAUGACUGCAAACCCAUGAGACACCCACCUGCUUGUUCACACGGAGAGGUGCCCUCAGCUCUACCUAAUCUAACGAAUGGUGUUUUCAGAGGAACAGAGCCUUUUCCAACUGGGUGUGCAUGCUAAACACCUGUAUUUUCAUGGUUUUCAAAUAGCAUGACUAGUCAGGAGACUGAAGACUGUUGUGUUAUAGUAACUUAAGGACAACUUUUUAAGUUAGGAAAUUUAUUCUGGGCAUUUCAGUGCUGUGACAGUUAUAUUUAUUGGAAAUAGUCUUUCGGGUAACUAUGGCAGAUGCCCAAAGCGUGAAGCAAAAUCCUUUAUUGGAAAUAUGCAAAUUCAGUACUUUUCUAUUACAGUCUAUAGAAUUGGAGAUUUCAUUUCUCUAGCAAAGAGAGAUCAAGUUUAAACUAUUUUAGGUUGAGCCUGAAUAAAAGAACUUUAUUGGAGAAUUUCAGUUUCUAGGCUUUUUUGUUGUUGUUGAAAGAAAAAACCUUUCAAACUGUGAUUUUCUGUUAAACUAUGGAGAAAAUUUUAAUUAGUUUAUAAUUUUGAAGUUAAUCCUAAUAACUGUAUAGUUGUUGGUGAAAGAGUCAUGCAUGUAAUAUGACAUGUAAUCCAGCAUGAGAAAUUUAAGUCUAUGCACACUCAUCCGUGUCCACCAUAAAACAUGUUUUCCAUUUAAAUCAUCUGAGCUAUGUUUCCCAUCACACUACUAAGUGAAGCGUUCAUAGUUUAUCUGUUGUGAGACUCAGUGUAUUUAACCCUCAGUAUAAUCUCAUGUCCUCGGUGUCUGUACUGAGCCAAGCUAUGCCACUGAUGAUUUGGAUUCUCUUAUCAGUAUCCCCUAUUGCACAUACAUGCGUAUACAUAUGUUAAUGAAAACUCUAAUAGUCUACAUUUAAUUCCUGCUCAUUAAGUUACCCACUUUGAAGAAUCUCUCGAGGCAAAUUGAAAGCCCACAUUUUAAUGACAAGAUUUUGUGAAUUUUUAAAUGGAAAUAAUUAGGAAACUUAGUUAUUACAUGUGAAGUAUGUACAUGCAAAAUCAGUGUAUCAUUUACACAUAUCCUAAUAUGCAGGAAGAUUUUUGAGGUUUAAAGAUGAAUUUCUUAAGUCCAGGAAUUGAGGUCAGACCUUUCUGGAUUCAUAUCCUUGGCUCUGCUACUUAUUAGCUUCGUAGUCUAAGGCAAGUUACUUAACAUUUUUGCAUCUCAAUUUCUUUACCUGCUUAAUAAGGAUAAUAACUACCUAAUAGUGUUGUUAAGGUUAAAUGAGAUUAUCAGGUAAGGUACUUAGCAUAAAGUACAUCGCCCUUAAUAAAUCCACCAUAAACAUUUGUAAUUACUGUUUAAAACCCUUUAAAAAUCUUUUGCUGAUAGAUUCCUAACUGUGAAGAUAGAAACCUAGGGGGCAAGAUUGCUGAACUAGAAGUGGAUUACCAAAAAUUUGCAGCCAUUCCAAAUACUGCGUGAGAGUUACAAUUCUUUUUAAAAAGUAAAACCCCAUUAUAGUGAUUUACCUUUGGAAGGAACUGAUCUGUAAAGGCACUUCGGUAUAUCAGCAGAUGGCUCAUAGAAAUCAUGCUUUAACUGUUUUCCAUAAGGGACAAUAGCAGCUAUCUCAAAUCCAGGAUUGAACUGCUCAGUGCAGACUUCGGAUGAAGAAAGCUUUAUCUUUUUCUGUUACCAAAAAAAACCACUGUUCUAUUUUUAUUUAAAUUUUUUACACAGUGAAUCUUUAGCGUAAAUGCAGCAUUCAGAAUAGCUUACUCCUGUGAGUUGUUUCGGUUAUAGUUUUGAUGGUGUAUAAUUGGUUUAAAUGAUUUUUCAGGUGGGUAAAAUUAACUGUAUGGGUAGUUGCUCAUGUCGGAAACUUGGGAAUCAUUUUUCACUCUUGCCUUUCUCAUACCUCACAUCCAGUCAUCAAGUCUGUGAGUAAUUAUCUUCUAGAUAUUUUUCUAAUCAGUCCUUUCUUCUCCAUCCCCACUUUCACCACCCUCAUCUAAGUCAACAUCCUUUGUUUUUGAAGAAGAUUCUGCUUUUCUGCCCCUCUCCCCCAUGCCCACCUAUUCAUCUCAAAAGCUAAUGUGUCUUUUCUGAAAUGCAAGUCUCAAUCUCAUCGUUUAGAAUCUAUUAAUGGCUUAGUAUUACUUCGAAGGUAAAAAUCCAAAAUCUUUUUAGCAAGGUGUAUAGGCCUACCUUGUUGAGAAAGAUUUUUGAAUCUUUAUGUUUGAAAGAUGUUUUUUCUGGGCAUAAAAUUCUAGUUUUAAAGAUGUUGCUGCUCUACUGCCUCCUGGAUCGCCUUGCUUCUGACAAGAAGUCUGCUGUCCUUGUCAUCUUCGUUCUUCUGUAUUAUUAUUUUUUUUUAAACUCUGGCUGCUUUUAAGGUUUUUACCUUUUUCAGUGAAUUUGUGCUAUUUAGUUAUAAUGUGCGUUGGUGUAGUUGUCUUCAUCAUUUGUGUGUGUGCUUGGGAUUUGUUGCACUUACUGGGUCUCUGGAUUUUUAGUUUGCAUCAAAUUUGGAAAAAUUUUGACUGUUAUUUCUUAAAAUAAGUUUUCUAUACCCCAGUCUCCCACCUCCUGAGACUCCACAUGUUAAUUAGGCUGCUUGAAGUUGUCCCACACCUUACUGAUGUUCUGUACAUUGUCCCAGUCUUCUGUUUUUAAUUUCUAUUAAGGACAGAAGACUGGCACGACUAUUUCUAUUGCUGUGCCUCAAGUUCACUAACCUGUUCUUCUGCACUAAUUUGCUGUUAAUCCUACCCAAUGUAUUUUGUCUACAGAAUUUUGAUAUUGCUUUUUCAGUUUUUUGUAUCCUCAUGUCUCUCUUUAACGUGCUGUUUCUUUUCUCUAUCUUGUUUUCAUAAUAUUUAUAAUAGAAAUAGUAAAUAAGAACAUUAUAACAGCCGUCGUCUGUGUUAUUUGGGGGUUUGUUUUUGUUGAUUUAUUUUUCUCCUCAUUUUGGGUCAUACUUUCCUGCUUCUUUACAUGCCUAGUAAUUUCUUAAUGGAUGUGAAUUUUACAUUGUUGGGUGUUGGGUCUUCGUGUGUGUGUGUAUUCUUUUAAAUAUUCUUGAGCUUUGUUUUAGAAUGCAGUCAAGAUACUUGAAAAUAGUUUGAUCAUUUCAAGGCUUGCUUUUAAGCUUUGUUAGGUGGGCCAGAGCAGCCUUUACUCUGGUGCUACUUUUCUCCACAACUGAAGCAAAAUCCUCCUGAGUCUACCUGGUAACCCUGUUCAUGAUCAGGUUUUUCCAGUUUAACUGUGGGAACAUGAACUCUUCCCAGCUCAGGAAUUUUUGGCCUGCUUCUUCUUGGUGGUUCUUUCCCUGUUGAGUAUUUCCUUGUGCUUAUCAAUACCUGAAAACUUGAAAGGAAACCUCUGCACAUUUUUGGAGCUCUCUCCUCUCCGUGCAGCUGUGCUCUCCUCUCUCUGCAGCUGUCUUCUCUCUGGUACUCGGCCUGCCAAUUCUAGCUGUCCUGGCCGCCCCAGAUUCUUAACUCUCACCUCAACUCAGCAAGGCUGCUUGGUUCAGUUUGGAUACCCCCUUCCUACACCACAGCCUAGAAACUGCCUCUAAGUAAUCUGGGGCAAACAUGGGGCUCACCUCAUUGAAUUCCACUAUCUUUUACUGCCUGUUGUCCAACAUCUAACACCCAUUUUUUCAUAUAUAUUUUUCCUUUUUUGUUUUUAAGUUGUCUGAGGUGGGAGAGUAAAUGUUUUUCCCACCUUAGUAAAUAGAAAAAAGUUUACUCAAUUGCUCAAGCCAAAGGCUUAGGGUUUAUUCUUGGUUCCUCUCUUUCCCUCCAUAUCUAAUCUACCAGCCAGUCACGUUGGUUCUGUGUUUCCACCGCUAACAGACUGAGCCUCCUUUGCGCUCAGCUGGAUUAGUGUGCUGACCCACUGUUCCCUUCCCAUUCUUGCCUCUGCAGUCGGUUCUCCACAGCCACGUGAGUGAACUUAAAAAUAUGGAGACUAUAUCAUUCCUACUUAAAUCCUUCCUGGCUUUCCCUAUGCUGGCCUCCAAGGCCCUUCAUUAUCAUUCCAAAUUUCCCUCCUCAGUACCUGACAGCCACACUGGCCUCCCUGUGUUCCUCGUUAUACCAAGUUCUUUCUUAUCAGACUGUGCCUGGAAUAUGUUUUCUUCAGUUCUCCCGUGAAUGGCUUCUCAGCUGUCAAUUCCUUAGCAGGACCUUCUCUGAAUUAAAGUUGUUCCCCAUCUUAUCCUUGUUAUCAGUUAUAUAUGGUCCUGUUCAUUUCUUUCACGGCACUUACCAGAACCUGAUUAUCUUGUUUAUUUUUUGCCUACUUGUUUCUGUCCUUCCCCACUAGAAUAUAAGUCCCUUAAGGCAGGAAUUUUUGUUGUUGUUGUUUUUCACUCCUAGGUCCCCAGAAUGCAGAAGAGUACCUGACCCCAUAAUAGGUACGUAAUAUAAAUGCAUAGAAUAAAUGAAUAGACCUCAAGUAAUCUACUGUUUCUGUAGUUUUUUUUUUUUUUCUUCUGUUAGGAUGGAAGAGUUGUACUGUCAGUGCUUCAUUUAUUCCUGUAUAAUAAUUUCUAGGAGAUUGGACUUUUGAUUUCCCAAAAGGAGUGAUACGUGCUACUGAGAAAUUAAAUAAACCAAGAUGUAAAAAUAGAACUAGAUUAGGCCAUACAUACAUUUAACUGAAAUAAUAAUAACCAUAGAUGGAUAAGAAAAAUACCUGUUCAGCUACUUUUAUAAUUUGUAUUGGGAAAAAUUCUAUCUCCUAAAAUCGCUAUGGAGGUAUGACUUCAGACUUCCUAAAUAUGUACAGACUUCCUAAAAAUGUACAUUAUAUGCCUCAUGUAUAAUAUAAACACUUUGAAAAGUUGAAUAACCAAAUACUUGCCUAAUUGGGGUAUGGUUUUCUUAACUUUCAGAGACAAGUAGAAAAGUUCUAAAUACCAGGAUGUCCUCCAAAGUGUAAGCUUACGGGUCUGUGUUUUUAAUUUUGGUUCAUUGUAUCUAGAGGUAAGUGAACCUGUGCACUGUAAAAAUAACCCUCUUUCAAAUUAAUGAAAUUCAUUUUCAAAAUUUUUUAGUCUACACACGCCAUAAUGGGCCAAAUGGGUCUUACUCCCAAAUAUAGUGUAUGAUUUGGAAUUAUCAAGAAGUAAAUUCAUUAAACUUAAUCUCAUCUAUACAGCUGUUGACUAGUUUGGUCAUUUAAAGUAAUCCUUUGCUCCUUGCAGUUAUUGGUGCCCAUCUUGAAUAAUGAAGUUUGAAUUUCACAAAUGUGAAAUAAUUCCAUUCCUUUCCUGCAGCACACCCUGAGCCUAUAUGCUGUAGUAAGGUAUUACUCAAGGUAACAAAUAGUUGUUUAUUAAGGACAAAAUAAGCCUCUUGAUUUGCUAUAAAAAUUUGCUAAUAGUUCUGCUUGACUUUAAUGCAAACAUUGUAAAAUAGACAAAUACCCACAGGAUUCUUUGGAAAAAUAUAGAUUCAGGCUAAAUUAAAGCACUUGGCUAUGUUUUUGUAUUUUAAUGUGUAUGUGAGAAAGGUUCAGAGUUCUUUGGCAGAACUCUACUAAAUUCUACUCUCAAUAAGCCUUCAUACUCGCUUCUUACACUUAAGGCUCUACUUGCAUAGAAACUUUGAAAACAGAUCCAAGUUAGUGGAUAUCUUAAACUAAUUCAGUCAACUGAAGCAAAGAUUAUAGAGUUCAUGUCAUAAUUAUGGCGUGCGUUAAACCAGUCAUUGUAUUGCUGAGAAACCUUAAUAGCAUAAGCAGUAAAGAACUGCCUAAAUAAACAAAUCUGUUAUUGUUUAAAAAGCACAAGUAGUUCUUAGCGCUGGAGCAUGCCAGGAUGAUGUAAGAAGUUGCUCUGAUAUAUUCUUCACGCCAGACUGAAUCAUCACGUUUCGUGACUGAAGUCUGUUUACACCACUGUUCCUUAGUUCCUGGAGCUCACUCUGGACUAAGCUCGAGCUUAAACACAUCUCUGUGGAGGUCGGUAGUUAAGACUGUCACACAGUUUAACUAAUUUGAGUAGUCCUUGCUUUCUUAAAACCCAAUUCUUUUUGAAUGUUGGACACAUUAAACAGGAAGCUCUUCAUUAGUUCACCUUGAAAAGCAUUUGACUUUUUCUACAUGAGAAUAUCUGACUAUUAAAAAAGGAAAUAACCAAGGUAUGCUCAGGUAGAAAUAAAAAGCCGCAUGCUUUUCUGUGUCCAAGACUUCUGAAAUAGGAGUUGACUCUGUGCAAAAGCUACUUGGCCCCAAAUAUUUAAUGUACAGGGGUUAGAAGACAAUAGUAUAGGCUCUUACUCACUAAUCUAAUCUCCCUAGGGAGACAACGUGAUAGCAUCCCAGAACUUUUUUGCUGUUACGACCAAUAAGAAAAUAUGUCCACUAAAACAGCAACAAAAUGAUUUUGCUGCCACUCUGCAGGCUUUGCUACAACACACAUCUCCAUGGUAGGGCUCGGGGUUUGGAGUUUAUUUUCAGUGUGAGUUCAGUAAUGGCAGGCGGGAAUUAAUUUCUCUCCUCAAGAGUAUUCAGUUAACCAUGGUCUUGAGCUAGGUUUUAGGCAUUAUUCAUUCCAAGAAUUUCAGUGAAAUCAAGUCAAAAUACUUCACUCUACAAGUAUAACCUAGAGUAAAUAAAAUGAUUUAAAAAUAAUGUGAAAUGCCACAGUCUGAUGAAAUAGAGUUUGUGACCUUGUGGUAACUGGACUUACACAGCUAUGUCCAUUAGAAAUGUCUGAUAAUUUCCAAUAAGACAAGUCCUUUUCUUUCCUUGACAGUGUAAGAAAGGAUUUUUGGGGGGUAGCAAAUUAUUUAUGCAAAGCUAUUUUCCUUACAGUGAAAGGUAUUAAGUAGGUAUAAUGAUAUUCAACUCAAACUAAUUUUGAGCUUUACAUAUAGAUAAGUAUAGCUAUACAGGUAAAGUCAUCAUUGUAAGAGUCUUUCUUUCUGAUUGUAGGACUUUGAGUAUUUGUUACUUGUAGGGAUAAAAAUCUAUUUGAGGACUCAGACCAUGAUGACAAUUAGCUCCACAAAUAGAAAAGGCAACAUUACAUAAACCUGACAGUAAAAGAAAUGCAGGCCAUGAACUGAUUUUUGUUUUUCUUUUUUUUUUUAAUAUCUAUAUAAAAAAUAACGAGCGAUUUACAGGUCUCUUUCUCUAAUCAGAACCUCAAGUGUAUAUAUAAAGGUACUGUACAAUAUAUAAACAUUUACAACCAGUACAUCCAUAUUUUGCUUAGCAUUCCAAGGCCACAUUGCUAAGUCAGUACAGAAUCAGUACAGUGACAGGUUACUUAGAAAGGAAAGAGCCACAUCAGACUGACAACAGAUGACAUCAAAGUUAUGUCGCAGUUAACAAAAAUUGGAUUUUUAUCACUAAUUGUGGACUAUAGGGAAAAUAAAUCAUUUCUGUGAUACUAAAUUCUUAGCAUUUAUCACGCCUUCUAAUUCGUCUCUAUUCAAGUAGUUACAAUAGGUGGGUAAAUAUAGUUCUGGAUGGAAAGGGGAUUUCAGAAAUCUCACUCCGGGAAGCAUGUCUUAUCUACAGGGGCUGAUUUAGUUGUUAUAUUAAAGAAUUUCACAGUCAGACUCUGAGAGGGAAGGACCUGGACAUGAUGUGUUUCACAAUAACAAGAUGAACCCAGGGUGACAGAACAAGUGUGUUCAAAUACUCCAGAAAAUGGUUUUAUUCUGAGAAUGUUCCUUUAUUUAUAGAUGCUACUGAAUGCUGCUUCCGGGGGCUGAGAAACCCGGAUCUGUUUUAUGGAGCUAAAAACUGUCUCUACCUUCCAACAAACAUCUCUAAUUAGACUUGAGAAAAGAAUUCUGAAAAUCUGUACAAGCUAAGCAGAUGUUUACGAUCCCUUUCUUCUUUGUAAAUAGGUUAAUGUAGCUAGAUAUUAAAAUUAAGAUCUAGCAAGGACUGUCUACCACCACGUUUGUUCUCACUUGCUUGUGAGUCGGUCUCACACAGGUUCUGCUUCUCAACACUUGAACUUGUACAGCAGCUGCCAGAUGAGUUGGUACCUCAUCUGGCAACGGACCGUGAAACUGGUUUCAUGAUUAAGUCCCUCUUCAAAUAUGUAUUAUGUAUUAAUGACUAAUGACUUAGUAGUUGGUUCAACCAAAAUAUCCAGAAAGAGAAAUUUGGUAGUUUUUCUUCAGAUAGCAAUAAGCAAUAUUUCCAUAUGCUUCUUUGUGGUUUCAUAAUAAAAUAAAUGAAAUAAAAGGGUGAUCUGAGAUGCUAUAACACAUUAGAGUUGGAUAACACAGCAGGAGGUGAACUCUUAAUCAAUUGAAGUGCUUUCUCAUUUGAACAUUCAUUUGUAAAUCACAUCUUUAACAGUUAUUUGAAAUACCUUAUCCGGCCGAAUUAAAAUAAACAGCCAUAAGAAAGUCAGUAUUUGACUACAUUUUUUUUUCUUUCCAGUAGCGAUGUUUGGGAGUUUUAUUUUUAAACGGGGACAUCAUCAGUAAGCUGUUAGGAGAGGCAACUGCCAUCUUUAAUGAUGAGUUAACAAUCUCUUCUUCUGCAAGGGCUCAAAUAUUUCUCUCUGUAAACAUGCAACAUGCUAUUGAGAAUAUCAACUUCCAAGCCAAACCUAGUUUUUUCAUUACUGUGGAAAUAUCUGCAUGAGAAGGAUAAAAUAGACAUGAUACAGUAGAUAACUUGGCACAAAUAUAAAGUGAGUUGUGACCACGUUGUGAAUAUCAACAUGUCAUUUGUUCAGACACUCAUGAAGACGAGCUGGGCGGCCUGAGCCGGGCGUGUCCGAUGAGCCCGUGGGUGCGGCUCCUUCCUGAGCGCAAGGCGGGCAGCCAGCCAAGGGGACAGUGGGUUCUUAGCAAUCCUGCAGGCCCUUCAUGCAGCCUAGGUAACUUGAUGCUCAAAUUAAAAUGUACUUCCGAUGUGUGUUUCAGAAUUCCUGAAAAAAAUGAUUUUGGGGGGGAGGGGAACACUGCUUUUUAGUAGGAAAAGAUUACAACUUGUUUUUUUGUUUUAUACUAAAGGUCACAGUCGCUUCUCGGCCACACCAGUAGUGCCUGUGGCUCUGCUUGCACUUGGCACCUUCCAAGGCCCUGGAGUUAUUGGUGUUUUCUUAGCUGGAGAACCGCUUUCAGGUUUGAACCCUCCGCUCUCUUUGUUUUUGUCAGCUGCCUCUAGUUCUUUUCUUUUGUGAUCUUCUAUUUUGUUUAAAACCAUUCUUUCUUCAGGUUCCUGCUUUGGCUUCUUUUCUGAUAUUUUGACAUUUUCUCCUAUUUUAUCUUUACUAGAACUUGUUUCUACUAAGGUUGCUUUCUUUCCUUUUUCAUUUUCUGAUAUAGCUCUACUAGUAGUGUUAUUUGUCUUUUUGGAUGGAAGCGACUUUUCAUCCAUUCUCUUGCUUUUUUUCUCUGGAGACCUGGUUCUGUUUUUUCCAGGCUGACUCUGAUUUGUAUCUUUCCUGACAACACCUGAUCUUUCUUUCCCAUCUGACAUCUGCUCAGCAUUGUUGCUAGCAUAGCCCCCUACUCUUUGGUUCACAUUUGAUUGGUCUUUGCUUCCUUCAGUUUUUUGCUGCUUCUUUGGGCUUGAAGACUGUCCUCUGCUUUUUCUGCAAUGGUCUUGUCCAGAAGCUGCCCUGGUGCUGAUCUGACUACUUUUAUUCUCUCCUUUCCUGGGGCUGAGUGAUCGAUCUCUGGGUCUUCUUUUGGGGUCAUUUUUUAGAGGGCUGGGAAUCUUUUCUAAAUGUUCCUCUGAAUAUCGACUGGCUGACUUUUUGGGACUAGCAGAUCUGCCUCUUGGUGUGACACCAUUUUCUACUUUCAAGAGAUUUUUCUUAUCACUGUGCCCAUGACUGUUGGGUGGAUCCCUUUUAUUCACAUUUUUAUGGAGAAGAGACUGAUGUUUUAUAUCAGACUGAUUUUCAUUGAAAGUGCUUUUCUUUUCAGGCACAAUGUCCUUUAAUUCUUCUGCCUUUUCACAUAUCUGAACUCUCAUCAAAGAUUCUUCAAUUACUGGCACACGAGACUCUUCAAAUAUGAAAGCAGAAUGUGAAGAUGGGUGAAAUGGUGACUGUUCAUCAUAAAUCACAUUGGAAGAUGAAGGGUUAUUAAUAUUCCAAUCACCUAAAAAAAGUGAUUUGAGUAGAACAUUAUUAAAUUUUAGAAUUAUAAAUAGGAACAAUUAAGUUUUGAAUUUUUUGAUAGCCAUUUGAAUUUUACUGACUGCUUAAACAGCCUGAGUAUCUUAUAAAUAAAGUUCAUGUAUGUUUAGAUCUCUCUCUAUAAAGGCAGACGUAUACAGACAGCUAUACUUGUACCUGAAGGGUAGGUUGUUUUAGAUAUACAAAAUAAUAGUAUUCAUUUUUCCAAUUACUUUUGUAGAAUAGGUACGAUAAUAUAUGAUGUGUAAAUUCUUUAUAAGUAGCAAAAGCCCAAUAAAAAUCUUAAAAGAAAUAAAUAAUAAAAUAAUUGGACCAAAUUACCUGGUCCAAGCAGCUUACUAAUUUAGCUAUUAUUGAUGGAUAUAGCUUCA